GUCACAGAAAAUAUUCAACAUUAUUUUUCACCUUCCGCUUACCCCAAUACGAACCCUAAUUUCUCCAUACCAAUUGAUCUGAUAAACAACUCAGAAACGUUGUAACAAAGAAAGAAAAGUAGAUAAUUUCAAGGAUCCCUACAUCUCUGCAGGUUGCAGUUUGUUGUUACAAGUAAGAAGAUGGAACACCCUGAUGAGGAUUCACAUGGUGUUGGUGAUAGCCAGAGCAAGCAAGAUGAUGAGGCAUCUCGUCGUGAAGAAUUAAAGAAGUCAUUAGUAGCAAAACUAGCCCUUCGUCAAACUAAUCUGAAUCCUGAAAGACCUGACUCCGGUGCACUACGAACAUUGGACUCCAGCAUCAAGCGUAAUACAGCAGUCAUUAAGAAACUUAAGCAGAUCAAUGAAGAGCAGCGUGAAAGUUUAAUGGAUGAAUUAAAAAACGUCAACUUAAGUAAAUUCGUUAGCGAAGCAGUGGCUGCAAUAUGUGAUGCCAAGUUGAAAAGUUCAGACAUACAGGCUGCAGUUCAGGUCUGUUCAUUGCUUCAUCAAAGAUACAAAGACUUUUCUCCAACGUUGGUCCAAGGGCUCAUGAAAACGUUCUUUCCUGGGAAAUCUGCAGAGGAUGUAGAUGCGGACCGGAAUUUGAAGGCCAUGAAGAAACGCAGCGCUUUAAAACUCCUUCUAGAACUCUUUUUUGACGGAGUCAUAGAAGACGCUUCCGUUUUUGUGACUAUUAUUAAGGAUCUUGCGAGCUUAGAACACCUAAAAGAUAGAGAUUUAGCUCAUACAAACUUGUCUCUUCUUGCUAGUUUUGCUCGACAAGCAAGGUACUUCAUAGGACUCCCGCAUGCUGGAGAAGAUCUUGUUGAAGAGUUUUUUAAGGGGCUUAAUAUCACUGCGGACCAUAAGAAGGUCUUUAAAAAGGCAUUUCAGACAUAUUAUGAUGCAGCAGUUGAACUACUGCGCUCUGAACACACUUCACUGCGUCAAUUAGAGCAUGAGAAUUCGAAGAUUUUAAAUUCGAAAGGUGAGCUCAGCGAGGAAAACGCUUCUUCGUAUGAAAAACUAAGGAAGUCUUAUGACCAGUUGUAUCGGGGCGUGUCUGCUUUAGCUGAAGCCCUUGAUAUGCAACCACCUGUAAUGCCUGAGGAUGGCCACACAAGGCUCACAAUUGGUGAUGAUGUGGCAUCACCUGGUACUGGAAAAGAAGCUUCUGUUGCCGAGGCAUUAUGGGACGAUGAAGAUACUAAAAGCUUUUAUGAAUGCUUACCCGAUCUCAGAGCAUUUGUUCCUGCUGUAUUACUGGGAGAAGCAGAGCAGAAAGUGAACGAUCAAUCAUCAAAAACACAAGAUCAACCAACUGAUAUAGCACCUGAGCUUGAUCAAGGUCACGUUGCUGCCCAUGACACUGGAGAUACUUCUGUGGAUGCUGCAGUUCUAACCGACCGUAAAAGUGAAAAAAAGAAAGAUGAAGACGAAAAGGAUAAAGGAAAAGAAAAAGAAAACGAUGGUGAAACUGAGAAGGAUAAGCCUAGAGGUCCCGAAGGAACCAACUUGGAUGGUUUGUUGCAGAGGCUUCCGGGCUGCGUGAGCCGUGACUUAAUUGACCAGUUGACUGUGGAGUUUUGUUAUCUAAAUUCAAAAUCAUCCCGCAAAAAGCUUGCUAGAGCUUUGUUCAACGUACCGAGGACCUCUUUAGAACUGCUACCAUAUUACUCGCGCAUGGUUGCCACACUGUCAACUUGCAUGAAGGACGUACCUUCUACGCUUUUGCAGUUAUUGGAGGAAGAAUUCAACUUCCUCAUCAAUAAAAAGGAUCAAAUGAACAUCGAGACUAAGAUCAGGAACAUUCGAUUUAUUGGAGAGCUUUGCAAAUUUAAGAUUGCACCAUCUGGGCUCAUUUUCAGCUGUCUAAAGGCUUGUUUAGAUGACUUUACCCAUCACAACAUAGAUGUUGCAUGCAAUCUUCUUGAGACGUGUGGCAGAUAUCUUUACCGGCACCCUGAUACCAACGUGCGUAUGGCAAACAUGUUAGAAAUCCUUAUGCGCCUAAAAAACGUUAAGAAUUUGGAUCCUAGGCACAGUACCCUUGUGGAAAACGCGUAUUACCUGUGCAAACCACCUGAACGAUCUGCCAGAGUCUCCAAAGUUCGCCCUCCUUUGCAUCAGUAUAUUAGAAAGUUACUUUUCACAGACCUGGAUAAGUCUUCAAUUGAGCAAGUAUUGAGACAACUUCGUAAGCUACCGUGGAGUGAAUGCGAACCGUAUUUGUUAAAAUGCUUUUUGAAGGUUCACAAAGGAAAAUAUGGUCAAAUUCAUUUGAUUGCUUCACUAACUGCUGGAUUGAGUCGCUAUCAUGAUGAGUUUGCAGUUGCUGUAGUAGACGAGGUCUUGGAGGAAAUUCGGGUAGGUUUGGAGGUAAAUGAGUACGGGAUGCAACAACGACGAAUUGCUCAUAUGCGGUUUCUAGGCGAGCUAUAUAAUUAUGAACAUGUGGAUUCUUCAGUUGUUUUCGAUACAUUAUAUCUUAUUCUCGUUUUUGGUCAUGGGACUGAAGAGCAAGAUGUACUUGAUCCGCCUGAAGACUGCUUUAGAAUUAGAAUGAUAAUCACACUUCUCGAGACUUGUGGGCACUACUUUGGUCGAGGUUCAUCGAAGAGAAAACUGGAUCGAUUUUUGAUUCAUUUUCAACGAUACGUACUCAGUAAAGGCGCACUUCCUCUCGAUAUAGAAUUUGACUUGCAGGACUUAUUUGCUGAUUUACGCCCCAACAUGACUCGUUAUUCAACUAUUGAAGAGGUUGAUGCUGCUCUGGCUCAGCUUGAGGAGCAUGAACGCACGGUUUUAACCGAAAAGGUUAGUGGCGAGAAGCACGUGUUGCAGGAAAAACCGAGUAUUAACCCUGCUGCUUCUGGAAACUCAUCUGUCAAUGGUCAAGUUAUUGCAAAUGGUACUGAAGAAAACGGCGGGACCCAUGAAGAAGGUAACGGAGGAUAUGACAGUGCAUCACAAGGUAGCACAAUGGAUCCGGACGGGAAUGAUGACGAGGAAGAGCUUGAUGACGACGCAUGUGACAGCGAUGACGAUUAUGUUGACCAGGAUGGUCAAGCUUCCGACGAGGAUGACGAGAUUCAUGUUAGGCAGAAAGUGAUGCGAGUUGACCCUGAGGAAGAAGCCGAUUUUGACCGGGAAUUUAGGGCUCUAAUGCAGGAAAGCUUGGAUUCGAGGAAACUGGAGUUGCGGGCCCGACCAACGCUAAACAUGAUGAUACCGAUGAACGUUUUCGAGGGGUCCACAAGAGAUCAUCUCGGAAGGGUGAGUGAGGGAGAAAGUGGUGACGAGGCAAUAGAUUACGAGUCUGGAGAACGUAAGGAAGUGCAGGUCAAAGUCCUGGUCAAACGAGGCAGCAAACAACAAACGAAACAGAUGCUCAUACCUAGUGACUGCUCUCUCGUGCAGAGCACAAAACAGAAAGAAGCAGCGGAGUUGGAAGAGAAACAAGAUAUUAAGAGACUGGUCUUAGAAUAUAAUGAUAGAGAAGAAGAGGAACUAAAUGCAUUGGGGAAUUUGCCAGCUGGCUGGAGUCAAAGUGGCGGUGGUAGGGUUGUCUACAGAGGGCACUCGUGGGAGGGUCAUGGCGGCAGGUCUGGGUCCCGCCAUAGGUACCCACAUCAUUCAGGUGGUGGAUACUAUUAUAGCCGAAGAAAGUGAGUAUACGUAAUGUCUAUUGGCGGUGAGUCAAAUCUAUGGUACCCAAUGAGUUUUGAGGUUGUAGCCGAAAGGCCCGCUCUUAUGGAGCGGCUUUAUUAUCUAAGUUUGCAGGUGUAUAUUCUGUCGAUACAUGGUAACGAGCAAAUGAAGAAGGCAUCAGGAUGUCUAUGAUCAUAUUUUGCUUUGAUCCGAGAGGAACAUAUGUUUUAACAUAGAGGUGACUAGAUGGAUGGGUUGCUUGACGACGGUCGUUUAUGAACCUUUUGUGAAUAAUCAAUAUAUUGUUUAUGGUUAUGAAACAGUGUUGUUACAAAUCUAAAUCAUUGACGUAUGAUUUAGGAUGUUUGCAUUGAAAAUGAGCUUUUGGAUCAAGUGGAUCUUGCAUGAAUCAUAUGAUUUUUCUUGUAAAAGAAAUUAAGUUCAAAUGUCCCAA